AUGUCAUCAAAUGACAACAAGCCUGUUAAAGUCCGACAGCGGCGUGCCCAUACGCGUAGCCGCAUGGGCUGCAUUGAGUGUAAAGCUCGACGAGUAAAAUGUGACGAAAAUCGUCCUAUAUGCCAAAAAUGUAUCAGGCUUAACAAGGCUUGUGAAUAUCCACCCGUUCAAGUUCCUCUAAGCGAACGAAGAGCGCUGGAGAGAGCUGGAGCUGCACAGCCAUGGGAACAUGCCCCAUGGGACGCUUCAACCUCUUCGAAACAACCAGAGGUGCCCAAUACGCAGAGUUUGACUCACCAACUCAUUGUAGCGGGUUCCAAGAAGAACCUGGAUUGUUUGGCAAUUAACAUGCCGCUGAAAUCGCAUGAACUCUUCCAUUAUUUCUACCAACCAGAAGGAAGCACCAGUACGUCGGCUUCAGACCGCCACCAAAGACGCAUGGCGUACAUUAUAUCAGACCCCGACGCACUUCGAAGUGCAGUUUUAAUUGCAGCCACCCAUUUUGGAUUCAACUUUGGUAAUAUUAAAACCUUUGAGCAGACCUUUUACUUCCAUACGCUUGAGACAGUACGGUUAGUAAAGGAAUGGUUUGCUAAGGAAGAUUUUACGCUCUGUGCGCCUAUCACGAAGCAGAUGGCUUUAUUAGCAUACACAGAGGUUUGCCGUGGAGAUCAUCGGAUGGCAGAGAAACAUCUGAAUGCUAUAUACGCUCUUUCGCGCUACAGAGAAGAGCAUGUAGAUACAGGGGGCACGAUUCAGGACCAAAAACUAUCAGAUCGAUACUUUCUAAUAACUUCUACCUUUCUGCACGGCACAACAACGGCUCUUGAGUUUAUGCGACGACCUAUAGGCUUCACCGAGACCAGGACCAGUUCAGUUUCUCUGAUUGAUACUCCCGGUAUAAGCAGUUGGCAUAUCGCGGAUGAUAGGGGCCAAUACUUUCACAGCGUCGCACUAAACGCUAUUCGCGAGUUCCCUGUGACCUUCAACUACAGCGGAGACAUCUUUCAAGAUAUCUCAAUUACCCGUGUGCUGCCAGGGCUUCGAAUCUUAACGCGCAACUUCUACGAUGGGUAUUCAAAAGCAUUACCCAGAAGUGCUUACCAGAUACAACAUGACUUCUGGCAAUCCGAGGCGUCAGCAAUGCUGUACGAAGGCUUUAUUGAAGCACACAAAAGUUCUGUGCCUAAAGGUAACGAGACUCCCGCAAACAAUAUUGAUGAAUAUGAGCAGAAGACUUCGUGGGUUGGAUUAUUGAUCGCAACCGAACUGUAUUUGGAGCAGAUAGUGGUGCUCUGGAGACCCUUCACAAGAGACAAUUAUCUCUACACAAUGAGGAUACUCCAGCGCGAUCUCAGCUAUGCUCUACAAAAGCCAAAUGCACCACAGAUAGCAGAUCUGCUUUUCUGGGAGUCAUUUGUUGCGGUGAUAAGUCUUCAAGUGCACGAGAAGCAGGGUGACCUUGCAUACGACCCUGGAAUCAAACUGUAUUUUGAAGAAUUUACACGGGAGCGGAGUCGGGUUCUGGGUUUGAAGACGUGGAAGGAUGUAAAGGCUGCAUUGCUGAGAGUUGUAUGGCCUUGCGACUUUACUGAUGAUGAUUAUGUGAAGGGGAUAUGGGAAGUUGUGAUGGAAGAUGAGGCUGUGCAAGUAUAUGACUUGUCGUAG